CUCCCUGUCAGGGGGACAACCAGAACACUAGCCAUAACAGAUUGAAAUAGAAGUCAGUUGUAUCCCACCAUCACAGAAUGUAUCUCCUCCUGAUCUUUGGGAUUACACUUCUUCCUCAAGCCUACACUCUGAAAUGUUAUGAGUGUAUACUGGGAGCCUCAGGAUCCUGCACAGACAAGGAAAAGGAAUGCCCAUCACAGGAUUAUCAGUGUGGUGCACUGAAAGUCACUUCAUAUACAGGUGGUGUGAAACUCAGUGAUGUUGACAUGAAAACUUGUGCCAUGGCUGAACAGUGUGUUGAGGGCUCACUGAACUUUGGAGUUGCCAGAACGGUUUUUACCAGCAAGUGUUGCUCCUCAGACCUCUGUAACACUCAACCUGCCCCUGACCCCAGCAAAUCCAGUCCCAAUGGUAAAAAGUGCUUCACCUGUGAUGGACAAAAGUGCACUGCAGCUCUAAACUGCGAGGGGAAUGAGGACUACUGCAUCUCAACAAGAGUCUCUGUGGGAGGUGAAAAGACAACAGUGAAGGGCUGCGCUUCCAAGAUGAUGUGUGUAAACACACAAACUGCACAAAUGACGGGAGCUACUGGAGCAGAAAUGAGCUGCUGUCAGGGUGACUACUGCAACAGCGCCAGCAGCACAAGUGCUGGUCUUCUGCUCCUGGUGGCACCACUGAUCUCUUUAGUCGUGUUUUCUUAA